AUGUCAUCAAUAAUAUCUAAAGCCACUGGAUUGGUUAGCUCUGUAGUCACCAAAUCAUCAGAAUUCGUCAACUGUGCAGUAUACUGGUCAAAAGUCGGUGCUGAAUUAUCAAAAACCGUUUACAAAAAGGAAGGUUUGGCCCCACCAUCAAUCAAACAAUUUGAAACUGUUUACCAAAAUGCAUUUAAAUGGUUGAAAACUCCAUCUGAACAACAAAAGCUUAUCGAGCAAGCUAAAUCAUACAAGCCAAAUGCUCAAGAUGCUGUUAAAUUCGGUGUUUACGGUAUUCAAUUGGCUGGGUUCUUUGCCGUAGGAGAAAUUAUUGGAAGAAGACAAUUUUUUGGUUACCCAACCAACAAAGGUGAUGCUCAUCAUUAA